AUGGCAGGCGGGGCGUGCGCUGCGUCGGAGGCGCCGCGAGGAGAAGGGCGAGUCUCUCGCCUGCGCACGCUGUUGGCGGGCGGCGCGUCUCGUGCGCCUACGCCCGAGUCGGCGUCGGCGUCGGCGGAGGAGACUCAGGCGUUGCGAGCGAAUCGCACGCUUCCCCAGCCUUCGCCGGUUCCCGGCCUCGUGAGUCUCCCCGCGGGACCGGCGCGCGCGGAGACGGACGCGCCGGCGUCGUGCUCGGUUCAGCCCGCCUCGCCUCUCCUGCACUCCGCUGCCUCGCUGCCGCGUGGGGGGGGCGUCAACCUGAAGAAGGCGCAACGCGGAAGUCUGUUCAGCUCGCCGGUCCUUGGCGAGCGGGCGCAGACGUCGGUCUCUGGGUUCGGAAGGCGCGGCGACCGCGAGUCGCUGGCGAGCCCGCUGCGGCACUUCUCCAGCCUCCGCGACGCGGAUGGCGAGUCCGUCGACGGGGUCGAGGCGGGCGGACGCUACUCUGUCUUCUCUGCGCAGUGGGGAAGCACCGAGGACUGCCUCGUCCUCGGCCGCGGGUCGGUGUCCUCGUGCGUUGGCUCGAAGAAAUUGACGGACCGGAAGGUGGGGCGCGGAGGCGGCGAGGAGAGCGGGCUGCGGUGGAUCUCGAAUCCGAGCGCCGCGCCGAGCCCGGCGAUGAGCUGCGUUGUGGCUGUCGAGGCGGAGACGCUCCCGCCCCCAGAGAACGCCCCGAAGAACGAGGAAGGGAAGAAAAAAGGCGGCAUCGGCGUCGUCCGCCUCGUGAGCCACGAGAAAAAAAAAGGCUCGACGGGGAAGGUCCUCCACUUCCGGGAGAGUGACAGCAAGAUCUCGGAUCCUGAGAUUGCAGACGCUGAGUCUCUCGACGAUCAGGUACAGCGUGCGCACGCGGAUCUCGAGGAGAAGCGCAGCCGCGGGGAUAUGCUGAGUGGACGCCUCUCCUUGGAAGAAGAGGACGAAGAGGAAGCGAAGAAAACGGGCAUCGGGCGCGCAGAGACGGGCGAUCCGGGUUGGCAUCAGAUGCGCUGGAAGCUCAAGUCCGUGUGGCGCUACUUGAGCGCGAUCAACAAUGACGAGGCGACGAUGAAGAACGCAACGGGUCCGUACCGCGUGCUGCGAACGUGCGAUCUAGGUUUGUUUCCGCUGGCCUUCAAGGAGCCGCGCGCCGAGGCCGCAUACCGCGACUUCAACAUUCGCCGCAUGCCUCUCCGCCUGCUCAUCAUGUUUCCCAUUCUCUGCACGCUGUACGCGGUCAGCUACGUGACGGCGCGCCAGUUCUGUCCCGACUGUUACCUCGCGAAGAACUUCGACGGCGAGGUCGCCGCCUCACUCAUCGUCCUCUGCAUCGCAACUGUCGGCGCGCAUCUCUCCUUCCUCUACAACAAACUCGAGCUCUUCGUCGUCAUUCUCCUCUGUCUGCUGGCGACGCACCGGUCUGCGGUGCGCGUGGCGACACUGGCUGGCGCCCUGAACGACCCAGCGGAGUUCAUCGUCAUUUACCCGUACUACGGCAUCAACGGAAUUCUGGAGUGCUUUCUGCUUUGUUUUACGCUUGUCACCUUCCUCGGCGUAAGAUUCGGCUACGCGGUUUGGGCGACGAUUUAUAUGCUCGCGUGCGUUGUGCCGAUUUCGGUUCUCUCGGUGCGGCUCUCCGUCGAGAUAGUUGUGAAUCCUCACCGCGUGUGGGUUGCGUGGGAGAGCGUCAUGCACAUCCUCUGCUUCCUGCUCAUCGUCCUCACGCUCGUCUCCGCCUACUACGAAGAGCGCAAGAAGCGCAUUCUCUUCUGGAACCUCCGGGCCUCGGACGCGCGGCUGCAGCUGCUGGAAGACCAGUUUUCGCACAAGCGGGAGAAACGCCGACCAUUGACUGGAACGCCCUUUGAGUGUAUUUUGAACAACCUGACCGAGGCGCAGGAAGAACUGAGGAAACCUGGCGAUGUGGACCGCGAGGAGCUCAUAACGCUAAUGCAAGAAUCUGUCAACAUCCUCACGAGCUCCGAAAACGUCUAUCAGAUUCGUGCCGAGUACAUUGACAACGAUUUCACCCGCUCAUUCAUUCGGGACCUGCGCAUGCAAACUCGAGAGAAGUCCGACUUUGUCGUCUCUCGCUUCAACACCCUGGCGACGCGCAGGAGGUCAAUUGCUUCUGGAAGAAACGAGGCUUCGAGCAAAGAGUUGCUCAUGGAGGUCGGAAGCGUCUGGGGCGCCGACAUGUUCCAGCUGAAGACGAAACUCACUCGGCCGUUGGUUGAGGUCGGAUUUCACCUGCUCUCGCCGUUCGCCUUGUCGCCAGACGUCUGCCUGGACACUCACCUGCUGCGCAAGUUCCUCGUCGAAGUCGAGAAAGCCUACCGUUCCUGUCCAUACCACAAUUCCCUGCACGGAUCAAUGGUUUGUCAUCUGUCGGUAUGCCUGCUCGAGAUGCUGCGUCUCCGCGAAGCGCUUGGCGACCUGGAGGAGGCGAGCCUUAUCACCGCGGCUCUUUGCCACGACAUUGCGCAUCCGGGAAGAAACAACAACUUCAUGGUGAACACCAAUACGCCGCUCGCCCUCACGUACAACGACGUCUCGGUACUCGAAAACAUGCACGCUUCGCUCACCUUCCGUCUUUUGCGCGACCGCCGCCUCCAUUUGCUGGAGCACCUCCACCGCGAGGCGUAUCGCUCGUUCCGGAAGACGGUUAUUGACUUGAUUUUGUCAACGGACAUGAAGAUGCACUUUGAGCACAUCACCAACUUCCGUCUGCGGAGACAGAAAGAAGAAUUCGAUCCGAUGAACAACUGCGAAGAUCGCCAGGCCGUUCUGUCGAUGGUCAUCAAGGCUGCCGACAUCGGCCACGGGGCGCUGCCCUGGUCAGACCACGAGCGCUGGUGUGAGCUCGUCGUGCAGGAGUUCUACGAGCAGGGCGACGAGGAGAAACGCAUGGGCUUACCAGUGUCUUUCUUGUGCGACCGGAGCCAGCACAAGAAAGAAUUUUUCAAGUCGCAAGUUGGUUUCCUUGAUUUCGUUGUGAAGCCGUUGUACGAGGAACUGCAGGCGGUGGAGCAGCACAUCGGCGUCAAUGACAAGAAGCCUAUCGAGACAAUCUGCCUGAGAAAUCUUAAGGAAAACAUCCAGCAGUGGCAAAAGAGGGACGAAUACCGGAAGGAACUUCUCGACCCGAAAACCUCUCUUUAA